AUGUGGUUUGGGUUCAUAACCCUAGCGGCACUAACACACCUGGUCACGCCAUUUAAACACACCAGUUAUCUUAAAAUUAUAAAUUCAAUUAGUUGCCCAAAUGAUGUGUCAUUUUGUCACAAAUUAUACUCGAGAACUGAGGAAAGCAAUUCAAUAUGUGAUGAUUCUACUACUAAUGAAAAUGUUCAUUCAGUAGAUAAAUUAUCCCCCGAAUUUCAGAGAUUACUUAUAGGGCUAAUUGUUUAUAAGUGCAAACAUGGAAACUAUAACGUGCCAAGGAGAUUUGUCUUUGGUACAGAUGUCGAUAGUAGAAUUGUCAAAUAUCGUUUGGGCCAAAUAUACAAUUAUACAAUUGAUGAACUCACGCUGUUAAGCGAGGAACCGAAUAAAUUAAACGAUUCUGAACGGCCACAAGGGGCUAUUCCCCUGUACGAACUAAAGGAUGCCUACAAAUAUUUUCGUUUAAUCCACCUAGAUGUAUCGAAAAUUGUCAAAAUCAAGAAGGAAUCAGAACUAAAAAUGCAUAAACACCUAAUUAAGCCCAGUUAUGGCAAGAGAUCUAAGGCCCCUAGAACUCCGAAGAUUGACAACUUAUCAACCGAUCCGAACAUGGUUUAUGAUGAGUUUCUGAAAAAUUAUUACGACACGCAUAUACUGGAUAAGGCUAGGGAGACGGCGAAGGAAGCGGAAAAGGUGUUAUUGCAAUACAUAAUUGAUGAUCAUUAUAGAAAGAAUUACAAGCCAGUGCAGCCCCUACCUCCCCCAUCCGAUAAUCCACAAAUACAACAAAAUGUCAUCAAAUCUAUAGUAGAAGAAUUACUGCAAGCGUACCAGGAAACUGAUGCUUAUUCUGAACAAUUAAGAGCCGGGAUAACCCCCCUAUCAUGUCUAAUACCAUCCAGUACUAGACGGGAUAGGGAGGGUGGAUUUCAUCAUGAGUUUUUUCAUUGGACAUUUGAAGAUUUCGUAGGAGCACUAGUACAUUUUAAUAAUUUGUACAAUACGUACAACCUAGAAAAAUACAAGGAAUCAAAAAUAGAAGGCACAGAAUUUAUCCCUUUAACUUUCAACCGGUUAGAAAGAGGAUACGAGGUGGAAGAGAAUGAUUUUUGGCCUGAGAAAUGGCACAAAAUGCCGUUGGGUCACUUUAUCCACUCCAUUAGAGAUGGAGAUAUUGAUGCAAAAGAUCACUGGUUAAGGAGGCCCGUUUUGGAUCGGAUCAGGUUCAAUUGGGGAGAUGGAUUGAGGCAUCUUAGUUUCACAUGGGAAUUGUUGAUGAAGGGUAUAUAUUGGAUGUUAAAUGUUAGGGGAGAUUCAGCGAUAACACCAGGCCUAGUUCUACCCAAUGAUGCUUUGGUUGUCAGAUUCGGAUUGCCUGAAGAGAUCCAGGGUUUGAAGAUUGGAUAUAUGUUUGAUUUAGCCCUUCAACAAUCGCAAGUUUUGUUUGAAUAUUAUCCCGAACGCUAUAAUUUCCUCCAACACUCAUCUUUCCAGCAUAUACCUCAAAGGGGUGUUAUUUUGGGUUAUCGCCCCGAACCUCACUAUAGGUACAAUCCUGAUAUCAAUGGAUUGCAACUUAGUAAUACGGGGAAGCUCUUUCUGGGAGAUCAUACCACAUUAGACAAUUUUGAAAAGGAUAAAAAUACGCCUAAUCCACCCAAUAACAAUUAA